UCACACAUCAUCAGCGCUUCAUUGAUCGGAAAAAUGAUAACCAUCUUUGCUAUUCUCCUCCUCGGUUUUCUCCCUUUCACGCCGGCGGACCCGGACCCGGUUCAAGACUUCUGCGUUCCCGAAGCCACCCCGGUUCAACUGAACCGGCUCAGAUCCAUCCCAUGCAAGAGCCCAUCCAACGUCACAGCCGACGACUUCGUGUUCUCUGGGAUCCAAUCCCGAGGCAACUUCUCUUCAUCCACCGGUUUUGCAGGGGUGGCCGUGAACCCGGUUCAGUUCCCAGCGUUGAACACGCUGGGCAUGUCGUUCGCCCGAGCCGAUUUCGAACCGGGCGGGGUGAACCCACCCCACUACCACCCCCGAGCCACUGAGACAGCCUUGGUGGUCGAGGGUUCGGUUUAUUCUGGGUUCGUUGACUCGACCGGUCGGGUUUACGCGAAGGUUGUUGAGAAAGGGGAGGUGAUGGUGUUUCCAAGGGGAAUGGUUCAUUUUCAGAUGAACGGUGGAGAUUCAGUAGCCACUAUAUUUGGGAGUUUUAAUAGUGAAAACCCCGGGCUAGUCAAAAUUCCAGGAACAGGAGCAGUAGUAGGAGCACUUGUAUAAACAGAAGGAUGACCAUCCCUUCUCAGAGCUGACAUGCUUGUGAUGUCUUGAAGGUGACAAGGAAACUUCAUCUUCUUGAUUACUUCCCUUAGCACCACAAGCUGCCCAGGUACAUGUGGCGUGUAGCCUGAGUACACUAAUGGUUCCCUUUGUUUAUAACACUGCCAUCCAUUUUCCCUGUUUCA